AACGGAUUCUUGCCUCGAACAACAAUUAACCCGCUACAAUAGUAAGUAGGCAUGAAGCUAUAAGAAACUUUGAACAUCAUCAUCUAUUUGAGCAACCAACCACCUCUCAGAUCCUCCUUGACUAAGCUGCAUUCUCCCUAACGCAUCUCGAAUGCUUCCUUGAGCUCCCCACUUCACCUCCAAACAAACAGCACCACUCUACGACUGCGACUGAAAACAACUUCAACCAUGGUAUCUGCUGAGGUCCGCUCUGCUUUGCAGAGCAUCGAAGCUGCAAGUGUCUCGGACAAGCCUACACAGUACAAUUCACUUCUGCAAGGCAUUACAUCUAAGAGCCCCGCCGACAACCUUGCCGCAGACCUCAUCGCGUAUGCCACAACACUGCUAGACGACAAUCUCGGUGUAGUGGUACUCAGGCCCCUCGUAUCGAACCUCGUCGAACAUUACAGCAAGGUAGAAGAUUUGGACACCAAGGUGGAGGUCGGCGACAGGCUUAUACAAUUGCUUGCGCCGAAGGGUGCACAAUACGAAGAGCAGGAUACCAAGAUCAAGGAGACUCUAGCAGAUGCCUAUGAGCAACAAGAGGAGUUUGUGAAGUCGGCGCAAACUCUAUCCAAGAUUUCGCUGGAGUCAACACAGAAAUCUCUCUCAGACGACGACAAGGCAAAGAUUUGGAUUCGAAUUGUUCGGUGCUAUAUUGAGGAAGACGACACAACUGCAGCGUUCGGAGCUCUAAACAAGGUGAAGAGCGUCAUCCAUAAUGUUACCGACAAGUCGACGAAGUUGAUGUUCCAGCUCAGCCAGGCCCGGAUAUACGAUGCUCAACGUUCCUUCUUGGACGCUGCUCAGGCCUACUACACCAUGAGUUUAGAGUCCAUAGUGGAUGAGGAGGAACGCUUGCAGGCUUUGUCAGCUGCCAUAGUAUGCGCAGUUCUUGCUCCAGCUGGGCCUCAACGGGGAAAGAUGCUGGCCAGAUUGUACAAGGACGAACGUGCCGGCCAGGUGGAGGAUUUCCCGAUCUUGGAAAAGAUCUUCUUCGAUCGCAUCCUUAAACCGGAAGAGAUCAAGGCGUUUGCCGACAAGUUACAACCGCAUCAUCUCGCUAAAACAUCCGACGGUUCAACGGUGCUUGACAAGGCUAUCCUCGAGCAUAACCUCCUUGGAGCUUCGAAGCUCUACAACAACAUUGGCUUUGACCAGCUUGGGGAACUGCUGAAUACAAGCGCCGAAAGGGCGGAAGAUUAUGCAUCCAAAAUGUUCGAACAGGGCCGUCUAGCAGGAUACAUCGAUCAGAUCGAUAGACUGAUCUUCUUCGAAGGAGAAGGUAGUGGAGAAAGGAAGACUGGGCACGCCGAGAGAAUAUCUGGGAGGGAGCUGCGGAAAUGGGAUGCUAACGUGCAGGGUCUCGCUGAAGAAGUUGAGAAAGUCACGACAAUGAUCCAGCACGAGCAUCCUGACUUCUAUGCUUCGCGAAUGAUGGUGCACUGAGCCAACAAAUCUCUGGCUUAAGUAUAUCACAAAUGACUCCACGCCAAUUCGAAGACCGUGAAUGACAAUCUCACAACCCUCGGCGAGAGUGCAAAUCCCUCCAUGUAGAGGGUGAACAUUGGCGAAAGACAUUUUAGAGCAAGCGUCGUCAUGUGCGGAGAGCACUGUACACUAGAUACCAUUUUCUGCAUGAGAGAAGACUCUCACUCGCCAUGUGGUUAUGUGCCAACGAUCAAAAUUGAUACCGGGUCUCAAGUGUGCUUGGUGAAGUCAUGUUGCCUACAUUGUGACAAUUUACAAGGACAGGUUAAGUAAAGCGUGACCUGACACGCCGAUCCCCCGAAGGUCGAGGACCGAUAAUAUGACUCCAAACUUAUGC